GGCGCGCACGGGAUGUGGGCCCUACGGGCCGCCGUCCGCCCGGGGGCCCGGCUCUCCCGCGUGGUUCGCGGCUGCGGGGCUCCAAAGGCCGCGCCGCCGCUGCCGCCCUGCCCCAAGCGCACGGUCGCCGCCUUCCGCGGGGGUGCGGGGGGCCCAGAGGGGCGAGAGGGUGGAAGGUGGAGCCCAGGUGCGAAUGGCUGGAGAAGUCGGGCUGGAGAAGAGGAGGAGGAGCCAGAAGAUGCGGAGGAGGAAGAGGAGGAAGAGGAGCUGCUGAGGAGGGACCCUUUGUUACCGGCGGGGACCCAGCGCGUGUUCUUGAUUCACCCUGAGGUCAAGUGGGGACCCAGGAAACCACAAGGGACCCGAGCUGAGUGGCAGGUGGCAGAGGCCCAGGCACUGGUGCGCACGCUGGAUGGCUGGUCAGUGGUGGACACGGCAGUGGUACCCACCAAGACCCCAGACAGGAGGCUCAUCUUCGGCAAAGGGACCCUGGAGCACCUGACGGAGAAAAUCAGGGGGUCCCGGGAAGUCUCCGCUGUCUUCCUGAACGUGGAGAGGAUGGCCACGCCCACCAAGAAAGAACUGGAAGCCACCUGGGGCGUGCAGGUGUUCGACCGAUUCACCGUGGUUCUGCACAUCUUCCGCUGCAAUGCGCGCACCAAGGAGGCACGGCUGCAGGUGGCGCUGGCCGAGCUCCCGCUGCUCAGGUCCCACCUGAAAAGUGAUAUUGGCCACCUGGACGGACGAGGAGGGGGCUCUCGCUACAUCAUGGGGUCAGGGGAGUCUUCCUUGCAGGUGCAGCAGCGUCUCCUCAAGGACAAGGAGGUGAGGAUUCGGCGCGCGCUGGAGAGGCUGCGGGGGAAGAGGCUGCUCCUGGGGAGGCAGCGGAGGCGGCGGGAGUUCCCCGUGAUCUCUGUGGUCGGAUACACAAACUGUGGAAAAACCACGCUGAUCAAGGCCCUGACGGGGGACGCCGCCGUCCAGCCCCGGGAUCAGCUCUUUGCCACACUGGACGUCACGGCCCACGCGGGGUCGCUGCCCUCCCGCAUGGCUGUCAUCUACAUGGACACCAUCGGCUUCCUGUCCCAGCUGCCCCACAGCCUGAUCGAGUCCUUCUCGGCCACUCUGGAGGACGUGGCCCAUUCGGAUCUGAUCGUCCAUGUGCGAGACGUGAGCCACCCCGAGACGGAGCUGCAGAAGGACAGCGUCCUGUCCGCCCUGCGGGGCCUGCGCCUGCCGGCCGUGCUCCUGGACAACGUCCUGGAGGUUCACAACAAAGUGGACCUGGUGCCCGGGUACAAACCCAUGGGACCGCACGCUGUGGCCGUGUCCGCCCUCCUGGGGCUCGGGCUGGAGGAGCUGAAAGCCAGGCUGGAGGAUGCGGUGCUGACAGCCACGGGGAGGCGGGUCCUCACCCUCCGCGUGCGGCUGGCGGGGGCGCAGCUGAGCUGGCUGCAUAAGGAGGCCACGGUGCAGGCGGUGGAUGUGAUGCCCGAGGCUGGAGCGGCCGACGUCAAGGUCAUCAUAAGCCACUCGGCAUACGGCAGGUUCCGGAAGCUCUUCCCCGAGUGAAAGACACGCAAGGGCCUGGGCUGGACUGCGCGUUAUAGCCUCCAGGAGAAGCAGGCGCUGUGUGGGGGCCUCCCUCCCUGUACCCCUUCACCUGGCAGGGGGCUCGUGGGACUCCGAGUGGGAUUCGGCCUUCCUGGUGGGACUCUGAGGGCUCCUGUCAACUGUUAGGGCAUCUGAAGAGCGAUUCCCUUACAGGAUGACUGAGCCUCGAGACCCUAAAAAUUCUGCAUGUGUGUUUGUAAACCAGCCUUUCUGAUUGUUCAGCAAAGCCCUGUGAACAGUGGCCAUGAGGGAGGCAGGUGGACUCCUCCAUCGUGUUGGCUGGUGGCUUAUUCAGCAAAUGCGCUGUGUGUCCACAAGGUCACGGCGGCCAGGCUUUGCCCUGUCCUGUGGUAGCGGCAGGGGUGUAAUUAACAGGACAGCCCAGCAGGCGGAAGAGUCUCCCCCUUUGCAGGGCCAGAGAGACGAACCCAUCACGCCAAGGGAAAUACAAGUUCAGGCUUCUUGUCCACAAGCAGGAAGUCACGUCUUGGAGCCCAGCUUCCAAGAAGACCCCUUGGGGACCCCUUCCUAACAUCUGAGAGGCUCCAGGGCUCCCAGACUGCUGGCACCCUGGUGGGUGGGGAGGAUCCUGCUCGGUCGUUUGCCAGGCAUGGUUGCCCCCACGUGCCCUCAAGUCCCCCAGGGCUCCCUCAGCGUCCUCUCAGCCUGGUCCCUGUGCCUGGCCACCCACCUCCUCCCAGGUCCACCCCUCCAAUUCCUCCCCAUCUACAAUAUGUGAGGGCGGGCUGUGGGGGUCGGUUAUGGCCUCUGGUCCCCUCCUCUCCUGGUACCCCCUCCCACUGCCCAGCUCCUCCCCACCCCCAGCCCCAGAAGCCCCACCCAAGGACUGGGGGGAGCAGGGCCAGACAGCCUCUGCUGGAGCUUAUCCUGCAGGCCCGGGAGGGAAGGAUAAGGUGGGGCCUGGGGGAAGGGAGGGCCUCAGGGAGCCCAGAUUUCAUGGGACCCCAGAGAGAGGGUUCAGGCUCCCAGUGGGUGAGAACAGGUAUAAGACCCUGCCCCAGAUUCGCACAAGACCCUCCAUCUGUGGACAGGGUCUCCCCUCCCAGUUGGGGUCCACUGGGUCCAGAGAUGCUGGGGGCUCUGAGGACAGGCCCAGGUGGAUGGACAGGACACAGGACGCUCCUGUUAGAGGAAGGGGGUUGGGCCAGGCAGCCCCUGGGGCGCCCCAUCACAUAUCUGAUGGGGAGGUGGCCUCAAGAUGGUUUUGAGGGUUGAGAGCCUCCAUCGUGUUGGCCGGUGGCUUAUUCAGCAGAUGCACUUGGGCUCACACACUGGCUGAGAAGAGGUGAAUGUGUGUGGCCAGCCCCACUUCACGGGUGGCAGCCUGAGCACGUGGCCUGGAAGCUGCCCCGCUAGCAACAUCCUUCUGCCAGAACUCCCUCCUCGAAUACGGAAGGCUCAAAAAUUCAUCUUCAGCACAGAUGCAGGACCUCUGCUUCAUGUCCCCGUGGGAAGCUAAAACUAUAAAGCAAAAAUAAACAGGAGGAUGGAGGCGUGA